AUGGCGGCACCCAGUGGCGGUGUGAACUGUGAGUUCACCAAGUUCCAGGAAUUAUUCAAGGUGAUGAGGACAACUGAUGACAGAAUAGUACAUGAAUUAAACACUACAGUUCCAACAGCUUCCUUUGCAGGGAAAAUUGAUGCCAGCCAAACCUGUAAGCAACUUUAUGAGUCUUUGAUGGCAGCUCAUGCCAGUAGAGACAGAGUCAUAAAAAACUGUAUAGCCCAGAUGUCAGAAGUAGUAAAAAACCUCCAAGAAAAGAGAGAAAAGAAUUCAGACACUUUAAUGUUAUUAAAGCAACUUAGAAAAGAGCAGGCAAAGUUGAAAUGGAUGCAGUCAGAACUGAAUGUUGAAGUGGUAAAUGACAGGAGCUGGAAGGUGUUUAAUGAACGCUGCCGAAUUCACUUCAAGCCUCCGAAGAAUGAAUAAAGAGAGAUACUUUUUUUUUUUUUUUUUAAAGGACCGGGUCAUCUCA